UGAGUGGACACUACAACAGAGCAGACGAAACACGAUACGGGUUUAAACUGAGCUGCCCAAGUUAAGGAUGAAGCUGGAGAUGGCCCUGGCCAUAGCCCUAGUCCUGGCUAUGGCAUCCUGGACACAGGAUUUUUUCCCUAAGGAGGCCCACAACCUCAACUGGGGCAAGUUUUCAGGCUUCUGGUACAUUAUUGCCAUCGCCACAGACACCAAGGGAUUUCUGCCGGCUAGAGACAAGAGGAAGCUGGGGGCAUCUGUGGUGAAGGUGCAUAGAACAGGCCAGCUCAGGGUGGUUAUCGCCUUCAGCAGGCCUCAAGGAUGUCAGUCCAGGGAGGUGAUUCUGAAGAAAGACAGGAAGAAACCUGUGUUCAGAAAUCCCCUGAAGGGAGUAAAGGGUUUUCACGUGCUGUCCACUGACUACACACAUGGCCUGGUGUACCUCCGCCUGGGGCGUGCAGGCAACAACUACAAAAGCCUGCUGCUUCUCAACAGACAGAACAUCUCUAGCUUCCUGAGUCUGCGAGAAUUCCUGGACACAUGCCAUACCCUGCAGCUCACAAAGCAGGCCGCCAUCCUUCCGAAAGACGAUUCCUGUGCACACACCAUCCUGCCAUGACAGCCAGCCACCCUCUACUCAUCCCUUUGACUUGAGAGUCCUCCAGACCCUGGAAAUGCUGUUCCAGGUGGUGGCUGUGGCAUUCAGUGGCUUGUUCAGAGAUGUUUGGUGACUGCAGGCCAGUGACUGGCUGACUGCACAGAGCUGAGCUGUGGCUUCUGCCUUUGCAUCUUCCUGUCCCAACAAACUUGCACUGGGCUGUGGUCAUCGCUUUCUCUUUGGUCCACCUGCCCUGGAAGUGUCCUGGACUCCACUGGAGGCUGAAACUGGAGCUUCUUACUAUCACUUCUCCCUGGGGAGGUCUGACACUGACCACAGGCUCAUCCCACUCCCAUUUUCUUCCUUUCUCUUAAAAAAUAAAAAAAAAAAAAAAAGAUUUAUUUUAGGGCUAGAGAGAUGGCUCAGUGGUUAAGAGAGCACAGUGCAGACAUAAUCUGAUCUGCUCGUUGAUCACUUCCCCCUGAGGGGGGAGCAUCCUUACCAGGCCACAGUAGAGG